AUGGUCGGCUCCGGCAGGACCAACGCGUCCAUACAAGCCUAUCUCACCCCGAUAGCUUCGCCAGUGAAGCCCAGCCCGACACCAACCACAACAGCACCCCUUGGCGAUGGUUUCACGGUAGAAGAAGUGUACGAAGCACUUCGUCCUCGGCCUGCCGAAGCAUGGCAGCCUGCCGAGGACUACGUGGACUGCGAAAUCAGUGACCUCUAUGCCGGACCUCGUGCCGUAAGCUUCAUGGGUAGAGUCGCAAACAUCUACGACUCCGCGAACACGCCGAAGACGCCUCGCUCUGCGAAAGGCUGCAUCAAGCUGUGCGUCAAGGAUAGUCGCAGCGCAAUCACGGUCCGUCUCUGGUACGCAAGUCAAGUUCCUCGGAUUCACCUUGGCAAUGCCGUCUCUAUAUGGACCAACCAUAUCAGCAAUGGGGAGAGUGAUGCAUUGUCGAGUGCGAGCGCACCGCUGUUCGCUUCCAUGUUUCCAGAGCGUGACCGGAACUGCCACAUCAUGAUUCACGAGAAUAGCGACGACGGUCGGUAUCGAACACCAUUGGGCUACACUGAAGGCGUCCCCUUGGACGGACUCAUGACUCUCCAGAACUUCAUCGAUGGCGGGUAUGAUGUUACCGAUGCGAAGAUUCUGGUUGUCGUCAAAUCAAUUGGAUCGAAAAAGAAGAUCACUCGGAAAGACGAGUCGGUAACAGAGAGUAUCAACGUCCAGGUUCACGAUGACACGGCAGAAGCCACGCUCGGCCUUUGGGGCACCGCAGCUUUUUCCCCGUGCGGAUUCAGUGUUGCAAAAGACGCCGGCCGUGCAGAAACAGAAGGGUGGCCUGCACGGCAAAGCUGGCGGGCUGGAGAAACGGUGCUCCUCAUCCAAGCGCCAGGCUGGAAGAUAGGACGAACGACGUAUCUCAACAUGACCGCCGCAACCGUUGUUGACCUUGAUCCCCACAUCCCCGACGCAGACUGGCUUCGAAGCUGGUCUAGAAGACAAACCGUCAGAGAGGCCAUCAAUCCUCCCUUCCCAGCCGACGUGUUUGACCCACACCKGGCGAAAACAGGCCCAGUACGCUGCCUGUUUACCAUUGCGGAGCUGGACGAGUUUGCACGAUGUGCCCCGGGCGAAACUUUUCAAGGGUACCUCAGUCUACUGAUCUUGGAGUUUAGACUACUGGACUGCUACAGACGCAACAUGUUGCUGUCAGGGGAAUGCUGCAGCAUCCCGAUAUAUGCCAAUGCCACGCAAGCGAAAUGCAAAGGUUGUGACAAGGAAAUCCCGCUACGAUUGAGUCCUCGCAUUGUCGGUCAAGUCAUUGAUGAGACGGCGGUCAUUGCCACCGGAAAGCUGCUCUUCUCCGACGAUGCGUGGCGGGAUCUGCUGGGUCGAGGGCCAGAGGACAUUCUGAGGCUCGGCUACGAUGAAGUCAAAUACCUCUCCGAUCGACUACUUUUCAGCAGAAUCACGGUGCUAUUUGGGUGGACUGGAGACGAGAGCAAGGCAGGGGGGAGGAUCUGUGUCUUUGGAAUCCGCAGCUGA